CUUACACACGCUCGCGUCCCUCUCUCUGCACUCAUCCGUCUAUCCCUCCCUAACCAUUUGUCUGCGUGUCUGUCUAUCGUCACGAUCAGUUCAUUACUAGAACUAAACUCAAACUUUACGGAACAAAAAGUUUGGAGGCAUUGUAUUUUAUUUCUUUAUUGGAUUGUUCGCCCUCAUUCAUCUACUUUUUCAUUCAUUCAUUCUCUCGUUCUUUUCCUCUUCUGCAAUCUCUUGCCUCCACUCUUUUCGCGGAGUGUGAAAGGCAGAAGAAACUGGAGCACGUGACAAUUUCCGGAGUUCGAUUUAUUUAUUAAUUUUCUUACCUUAUUUUAACUAUUUAUUUACUGCAAGUCGUGCAUUUAUUUCUUGGACACGAACAAAUAUGAAAUUGCUUGUCGACUCCUCCUCCUCUCUGCUGCUCUCGCUGCUAUUGGCCCAGCUUCCUUUAUUUACGUCUGCUGUCCCCGCCCCCUACCGGCGGCCGAACGUCGUGCACGAACUGGAUAGAUUGGCCAAUCAGACGAAGAAUCUGAGACAGAUCACAGCAGAUCUAUUGAAGGAACAUGCGUUCGAGACAGACCCAGAACAGCAUAGAUUUAAGUCACUGCCACUAAUGAACAACAGGGCCAGUGACAUCAACUCCCUUGAGAUGAGACCCACUCUCUCUCAGCUCCACGCGGACCUGAAGUCGUUUGAGCACCAUUUUGCCUGGUUGAGCAGAGCGUCAAGGAAACACCACCACCCUGCUCUCCCUAAACUGGGACAGAUGAUGUCACUCAUCAAGUCUCUCACCAGCAUGCUAGAGCAUCAGAUGAUGAGAGUUGAUGCUCAGCGUCUCUCUCCUCCCUCUCCCUCGAUGCCGCCUCCUCCCCCCUCCCAGUUUGAUGUGUUACAGUCUUCCCAGGAGCUGCUACUACAGUUCAGACUGUUCUGUGAUUGGGCCCAACGAGUGUUCUCAGUGCUCAGUACAAAGUCCAAAAUGUCUGCAGUACAAUGAUGAUUCCUGAAGUGCUAUAGUCUAUAGGGAUACACAGAAUCCCCACUACAACCAAUGGGGAUCUACUAGCUUCAACCGGCACUACCACCAAUGAUGAUCCAAGAAAUCCACACUACCACCAAUGAUGACCCAAGAAAUCCACACUACCACCAACGAUGACCCAAGAAAUCCACACUACCACCAAAGAUGACCCAAGAAAUCCACACUACCACCAACGAUGACCCAAGAAAUCCACACUACCACCAAUGAUGACCCAAGAAAUCCACACUACCACCAAUGAUGACCCAAGAAAUCCACACUACCACCAAAGAUGACCCAAGAAAUCCACACUACCACCAACGAUGACCCAAGAAAUCCACACUACCACCAACGAUGACCCAAGAAAUCCACACUACCACCAACGAUGACCCAAGAAAUCCACACUACCACCAACGAUGACCCAAGAAAUCCACACUACCACCAACGAUGACCCAAGAAAUCCACACUACCACCAACGAUGAUCCAAGAAAUCCACACUACCACCAACGAUGACCCAAGAAAUCCACACUACCACCAACGAUGAUCCAAGAAAUCCACACUACCACCAACGAUGACCCAAGAAAUCCACACUACCACCAACGAUGACCCAAGAAAUCCACACUACCACCAACGAUGACCCAAGAAAUCCACACUACCACCAACGAUGACCCAAGAAAUCCACACUACCACCAACGAUGACCCAAGAAAUCCACACUACCACCAACGAUGAUCCAAGAAAUCCACACUACCACCAACGAUGACCCAAGAAAUCCACACUACCACCAACGAUGAUCCAAGAAAUCCACACUACCACCAACGAUGAUCCAAGAAAUCCACACUACCACCAACGAUGAUCCAAGAAAUCCACACUACCACCAACGAUGACCCAAGAAAUCCACACUACCACCAACGACGAUCCAAGAAAUCCACACUACCACCAAUGACGAUCCAAGAAAUCCACUCUACAGCCAAUGAUGAUCCAAGAAAUCCACACUACCACCAAUGAUGAUCCAAGAAAUCCACACUACAGCCAAUGAUGAUCCAAGAAAUCCACACUACAGCCAAUGAUGAUCCAAGAAAUCCACACUACAGCCAAUGAUGAUCCAAGAAAUCCACACUACAGCCAAUGAUGAUCCAAGAAAUCCACACUACAGCCAAUGAUGAUCCAAGAAAUCCACACUACAGCCAAUGAGGAUUCAAGAUAACCACACUACAACCUUGCACUGUUGUCACUGACCCUCCAUCCUCAUUGUAGCCAAUGAGAGGCCUCCAUAUUCAAACUACAGCCUAUGAGGAUCCACCAUAUUCACACUAUUACAACCAGUAAUAGUCUCCAAUAUUCACGAACACGUCACUGCCACCCCAUCCUCUCUCUUAAAUACCUUGUUCCUGACUGUGUUAUUUAUCUAUUUAUUUAUUUAUUUACUUAUUUAUUUGACGUCAUUAUUUAUUUGAUUUUGUAACGUGUCACAUAUCUUUUAUUGUUGUGAAUUUAAUUCCUUGUACCUUGUCAAUACUCCUAUUUUGUUCUCGCUCUACCCUUCCUCCCAAACUAAACAAGGAGACCACACCGUAGCACUUCCUGACUUCUUGCAGUCUCUAAAGAUAUGGAUUGUAUUUUCAACUAUAUAACCUGUCUCUCUUUACACAGAGUAGCCUAUUUCCGCCAGUAGAUGUAGCAAACAUACUUGGCUCGUAGUAAGCAUAUCUUGGGAGAGCCCACAUGUAUUUUUCUUACAGUGCUGUUCUUUACCUUGUAGAUUUAGGGUUACUCAUAGAAUCUUCUGAACAUGUUAAAUGUGCCACCUGUUUGGUUUUGUAAAGUGUUAAGAAAGAGAAUUAUGAACCAUGCCUCAAUCAGGAUGUCAACACAACAUAGGAGGGUAGAUCGUUUUUCCAUGGGUUUAGUUGCAAUAAGUGGCUGUGUCCCACAUGGAUAAAUAACAGGUGGUAUAUCUAACGCAGGUGGUAUAUCUAAAGAUUUAUGAAUAUGCCCUGUCGCUAAGCACUGAUCUAGGACCUGAUCUAAUCUCUUUGCACAAAUUUGUUCGGAUUAGCCUUUUGAGUCUGCUGAUCCUGAAUCUGUGCCUUGGUACACAUAAUGUUUGAGCGUUUUAGUGACAUAAAUAAGAAAUGAAAAAACACCCCAUGCCUUAAAAUACUAUGUAUUGUGAUACUAUGGUUCUGCACAGUUGUACAUACUUGUACAAUAAUGUAAAUUGUUGUAUACAAUGCAAUUGUGUAGUAUAGUUUUCUAUGAUAUAAAUGUAAAAUACUCUGUCAAUGCUAUCCCUAUCAUUCUGUCGCAAUAUCAAUAUUAUUCUAUUCUAGUAUUUUGUGACAGUAUUUACUAUUUAUUUAAGUUACUUUGGUGGAACUAUUUAUUUGUGCUGCAGAGGAGCAAGUCUCCUGUUGUUUUUGUACUUUUAUACUGUUUUUAUUCAUAAUUACCAUUAUCAUUGCUAUCAUCCAUGUUGAAAUCAUUGUAGUACCAUGCCUGAACGCUGUGUAAAACCUUGUGCUUGGGGUCUCCAGCACACAGACUGAAUGAUUGGCCUAAAUGUGAAAU